UUGCAUUGGUCACUGCUGCACCACCGAGCUAUACACGUAUGUAUCACUAUUUUCCAGCACAUUUGACAGCGCACCCGUUUUGUUUUUAUCCACAACCCCCACCACCACCAAUACCACCACCACCGAUGACACAAUUGCCAUCACCACCGACGCUCAAACAAUUGGGCAACUCGCUGACAUCAAUGACACAAGCACAUAUCGCACAGACAUUACGGUAUCCAGGUUUAUUCAUACGGCCAGAUGAGACCAAUCUUUACACCACACUGGAGCCAACACUAAGUAGUAAUCCGAACGUGUACUUUCAACGAGGUGGAGCAGUACAUCCAGGCAUGAUGUACUAAAGCGAAGAACACAACGAAAAAAAUAAUUACAACAUCUGCAAUCGA